AUGCUAUCCCAGUUUGAUGCUCCAUUAGGAGUCAAUAAUACUAAUAGGCAACAGCAACAGCAACAGCAACAACAACAACAACAACAAUAUGCCUUUGAUUUUGUUAAUGCCGAUGACUUUUUGGAUUCCAUUUCAGGAGCUUUACCUAGUGACGGCUCUAGUGAUCAACAAACGUAUGAUAAUAUGAAUGUUUUGAAUGCAACUAUGUACUCGCCAGUAUCUGCCGUUAGUGGUGAUGACUUGGAAGUUUCAAAUAUGCAAAACUUGAACAAUUACACUGGUCAAAAUUUUAAUGAUUAUUUGUCAGAUAAUUCGUUAGAGUGUUAUGAUGGCAACGUUUCUGCACCAAACAAUAAUCAGAACUAUAAUGCGAAUGAAGACAACUUGGAUAUCAUAUUCAAUCCAUCCAAUAAACGUUCAGGGUCUACAUCAACAAACUCAAGCAAUAAUGAUGGUGCUACACCAAUAUCUAAUUAUUCCGCUGAAUCCAUUUUGACUUCUCCUGAACCUCCUAUGCUUAAACAGGAACCAGUUCCAUAUGUCAAACAGACCAGUUCGUCUACUGUUGUUCCAAAUUCAGCAUCAGCCACUACUUCUACCGGUAAGAAAACAUCAAAGAUUACUAAACCAAAAGCAAAGGAUAAGAACUCCCAUAAUAUGAUUGAGAAGAAGUACAGAACCAAUAUUAAUACUAAAAUCAUGGCUUUAAGAGAUGCGGUUCCAGCUCUUCGAAUUGCUGCUGGAUGUGAUGAUGUUUCAAUUGCCGAUUUAGAAGGUUUGACUCCAGCUUCAAAAUUGAACAAGGCAAGUGUUUUAACUAAAGCUACUGAGUAUAUUAAACAUUUGGAAGCCAAGAAUGCUAUUUUGAAACAACAAAAUAUGGAAUUACAAAGAUUGAUUCAACAAGCUAAUUUAAACCCACAAUCUUUACCACCAGCUCCAAUGGCUCCAAUGGCUCCACUACCACCACAUCAACAGCAGAUGGUUCCACCACCACCACCACCACCACCACAACAACAACAACAACAUCAAGAAGGUUUUGGUUUCUAUCCACCACAGAAUCAAGCUUAUAACUCGGCGCCAGUGUCUCAGUUUUCAUCUCCACAGCAAUCUCCUCAACAGCAACAGCAACAACGACAAGGACAGCCAAACAAAUUCUUGUUGGGAGGUAUGGCUGCUGUUAUGGGUACUUCAUUAUUUGGAGGAUCUGGUGAAAAUGAUUUCCGUAGUUUGAGUGCAUUGCCAUUUUCAUACUUGUUCCCUAAUGCCAUUCUUAAUCCAUCUCCGUUGACUAUUCAAAUGUGGACAUUGACUAAAUUAUUUUUGGUUAUUGGAAGUUUGGCAAGUAUUAUUAUUCCAAUGUAUAAGAAUUCCUUAGUGAAGAAGGAUAAGAAUGAGAAGACACAAGUUGAAGACUCUGGAUCAAUUAUUGAUUGGGGUUUGAUUUCAUUUGGAUUGAAGAUUCCACAGAAAUUGACAUCAGGUAAACGUGAUUUGAUCAUCAAGAAUUUACAAGGAGGUAAUGAUUGGACUCAAUUGAUUUCGGACUAUUUCUAUUUGAAUUCCUGUGAAAUAAAUUUUGAAAAUUGCUUUUUAUCUUUAUUAAUUGGUUCCAUAAUUAAAGAAAAGCUUGGUUUUGUUUCACCAAUUUUGAACCAUUACUUGAUUAUGAAAUCAUCUUUGGUGUUGAAUCUUGAUUAUAAGGGUAAGAAUGCAUCCUUGAUUAAAUUGAACCAAUUGAUUGGUAAGAUUGAUGGAGUUUCUAUGUUUGCAAGUGAUAAUUUGAUUAAAAGAUUGACCAAUGUAUUUAUUGGUAAGCCAAUCAAUUCUGGAGUCGUUGAUGGUCAAAACCAUGUUAAAUAUAUUGAUUUCUAUCAAAAUGAGGAUGAUUACUUUGGUCUUGUUUGCAACUGGAGAUUAUUGGAAAUUAUCCAUGAAUUGAAUUUGACUUAUUUGGAAGAAUUGAAUCAAGACAAGAGUCAAAUUUUGACUGAUUUGACCAUUAUGGGAUCAUUUAUACAACAGGAUGGUGACGAUAAGAGCAUCAAGUUGUUUAAAUACUAUCAAUUGUUUAAUAGUAUUUUGAAUGUUAAGUAUGCACCAUAUUUGUUUGAAAGUAUUAAAUCUAAAGUUGAAUCCAGUUUGGAUAAAUUUAGAAUUGCUCAUGAAGGGUUUGAUUUGACUGAUCACGAAAUACAUAAUACUUCUAGUGAAGAUGAAUAUGAUGAAGAGGAAACCGAAGCAGAAUAUUACAAGAAGGUUAUUGCUAGUAAAUUUAAACCAAGUUUAAGAUCACAAAAAUCAUUAAUAUCAUCUUUGAAUUUAGUUGAUGAAGAAGAGUUUAUAAUAUUGACAAGUGCCUUGGUUAUUUAUUACUACAAGAAUGAAGAAUAUGAACAUGCAUUAAAGAUGUUGAAUUAUUUGAGAUUGAAUGAUAUCAUUGGUGUCAGUUUAUUGACAUUUACUGCGUUGGUUACAUUGAUUAAUGAACUAAUACCUGGUAAGAUUGAGGAUAAUGAUAAUUUAGAUUUGGCCAUUAAAAUUUCAAGAGAUUGGCUUAAUAAUGAACAAUUGACAAAAUAUAUGGAAGAAGGAGUUAAAUCUAAAUUGACUAAACUUGUGGUUAAUAAAGGUAUGAUUGUCAAUGGACUUGAUAAUAAUGAAAGUGAUGAUGAGUGA